GACAGGCGGAAUUUAGGAUCUCAUUGCAGAGUAUUGUGUUUACUUACACAUAGCAAGAGCAGAUGGUGGAAUAUAUCGUGAUAGAAAAUAAGUAGAGAAGUAUACCCGAUUUAUCUAGGCACGUGAACAAGAACAAAUUUAUUUAACAAAUGGCUGAGGAAGACAAAGUGAGUGGAGAGACCGACAACACAGAACCGUCAUGUCCACGAGAGCUGAUGAAAAGGUUCUAUCACCUUCAGGAGGAGAGAAUACAAACCUACCAGCUAUUUGAAGAAGGAUUCCAGGCCUACCUUAACGGAUCACCAAACUAUAACUUUAAUUUAUACAGACAACUAGUGCAUGAAAUCACAGAAACGUUCAACAAAAUAUCACAGGAUAUUAUUUCCAUCAUCCACCGGAUGGACACUGUCCACCAACGUGUCACACUGGCCAAUCUGCUCCGCAAGGUCCAGGACGCUGAGCAGGUUAAACUAGAGAACACUGCCAAGCUACAGAUGACGCGUCAGAAUCUACUGGAUCACCCUGGGGACGAGCAACACAAAAUCCAGGACGGUCAGCUUAAACAAAGUGUGAAAGAAUUGGUGGAGAAACUGAUCGAUUUGAUGGAGGAGAUUAAGUAUGAGUCCGAGGAUUUGUACGAGGAAGAGAAUGAAGACGAGAAGGAAGAUUUAGAAAAUGUGCAGGUCGAGAGAUGACGUGAGGACGAAGAGGAAGAUAAAGAUUAUUUACAUGGCAAAAAGAGGACUGAAAGACGAGAGAAGAAAGAUAGACAAUGUACAACUCGAGAGAUGAUGACGAGAAAGAAGACAGAUCAGAGAAAUGACUCUUACAAUUUUUUUUUGUUAUUACUCUGUAU